GGCCCGGCCACCCGGCGCAUGCGCCGCCGAUCCGGCGACAGCAGCUCGAGCGUCGCGGCAGUUGGGGGGCAACAUUUCAAACGCCGACGGGGAGUUAACGGCCGCCCGCUCUCCAUGGCGGCCGCGACAUCACCAUCGCCACCGCCGCCCAUCGAGGAGACGCCUCUGAACGGUUCUUGGGUGGAGUUGCACAUAAAGAACAAUGGGAAUGGGAAUGACAGUGGCUCCGGACGAAAUGGAGGGUUGGAGCAUGUGCCCUCAUCGUCCUCCAUCCAUGAUGAAGACAUGGAAAAAAUACUUCUGGAUGCUCAGCAUGAAUCUGGUCAGAGUAGUUCGCGGGGAAGCUCCCACUCUGACAGUCAAUCUCGACCCCAAACACCUCAGAUGACUCAAGCAGUUUUCGAAGUAGAGCCGCAAGGUAGCAGAGACAACAGUUCUCAGUCUGAAGAUGACAGUUUGGAACGAGAACAAGAGGAGGAAAUUAUGAUGAAGAGAAGUGCUGAAUGGAUCUCCGACUGGUCAAGUCGACCUGAAAACAUUCCUCCAAAGGAAUUUCAUUUCAAACAUCCUAAGCGUUCGGUCACACUCAGCAUGAGAAAGACUGCGGCAAUGAAGAAAGGAGGAGUAUUUUCUGCUGAAUUUCUGAAGAUCCUCUUUCCCUCCCUCCUUCUGUCACAUAUUCUGGCUCUGGGUCUAGGGAUCUACAUUGGGAAAAGACUGACAACCUCCUCAUCCAGCACCUUCUGAGCCUGAUUCAGAUUUAAACAUGACCUGUGAAAUUGUGUGGCUGUUCCAUCAGUACAUUUGAAUUGGAAGAAGACAAAUAACCAUCACAAGCACAAGACAUCCCAUCUCAUUACAUGUUUCCUUUGUUACUUCGUAGAAAAUGCUUGCUUGAGCACUAACUGGACUUCCCUCUCUUGCACUCAACUUUAACUUGUGAGUCAAGCCGUAUACCAUAUGACAGCAGCCCUAAUAUGCUUUACUGGUUUGCAUCAGCGUGAAGUAGGUUCACCAGCAAACACCAUCGAGAUCUGUUCAAUACAUCUUAUAGUGCAGCCGUUUAGAAUAGAUUAUGAAUUAGCAAAACUUAUGCAGAGCACAAGUACAGUACAGUACAAGCACAGUAGCACUGAACCUUAAACUGCAGUCUCAUGUUUAGGAUGUACAAUCUUUCUGGCAACAGCUCAAUACUUGAACUAACAAACCAACAUAUUAUGUUACUGUUGGAAUUAUUCUAUGUAGAUUUGCCAUUUGAUUGUAGCAAUUGUCAUUAUAUUCUUCGAGAAUAUGCGUAUUCUCUCACCUUGCCAUAAAUCACUGCUUUCUUCACGUUCUCUGCUAUUACAUGCUUGAUGCUAACUAGGGGAGCAGCCACGCAAUUUGGCUUUGACUCUACUGAUCAAAGCAGCGUUUUUUGGUUUCUAAUGCUUUGCUGAAUUCUCGGGCUUAUCGCAAUUUUUAUUCAAAAAUAAUUUUUAUCCCUGACUAUUGAUAGCAUCUCUCUAACUCAAGUACACUUUAUUGAACCUUGCUGAAUUUCAUCCUAAUCCUACUUGAUGUUUCCUAGCAGGGCUCAUAUGGGAAAGACAUACGAGCCGAUUCUCUCCCUUUAGAUCUUAUUGCCAGCAAUAACAGCCCAGCUAAGGUUUAGUAAGUCAGCCUAGAAUAGUGAUUGCACCUAUAAAUGAAGGAGCCAAAUUCUGAACUAUCAUGACAGGUAGAAAGCAGAAAGUUUGCAAUUUUUCUGAGGUCAAUUGUGUGUAUCUUGGGCUAUAAAUUCUGAUUUUCAAUGGUCUGUUGCAUUUUAUUGCAUUAACCUGCCAUAUCAUGGUUGUUUUAGCCUCCCCCCAGUACUUUAAAAUGAAGUAUAUAGUUCUGGGAACUAAUAUGAUUAAAAGUAACUGUCCUAAUAUAACCUUUCAAAGUUUUUCGCAAUUGUUUGUUUUGACCUUAUGCACCAGUUUUCAGCUUCUGUUUGGCUAAUGUUUAGAGUGAAAUUUUAGAUGUGGGCUUGUCAUGUGUGGAACAUGGAUUUAAUUUAGCUAAUUCUGUUGGGAAUAGAACGUAAUUUUUUUCUUGGCUAUAAGAAUUGUGUCCUAUGUAAGUUAAGGCAAUCUCAGCCCAGUUCUCGAAGUGUCGACACUUGUUGCACCAAAUUGUCCUCAAGCCAUCGCUGAUUCGCAGUGCAGCUUAGAAUUGCCACCUGCUGGCAGGUUUGAGAAAUAGAGGAACAUCACUGUAUCGGGGAAACGCGUUGAGGUUGUAACAGCGGUAAAGAUGUUAGUUCUGCUCGGUGUUGCAUUCUAACUAAUUCUGGUCAUUGACUGAGGUUGUCUGAUGUUUCAUUCUACAGCAUGAUUACCCCUACAUAUAAUACCCUUCUCUCAUCAAAGCUCUUUCAACUAACAUGACUUUCUAAGCAAAGAAUUUAGAGGAUAUUAACCAGGACGUUUGGAAAUAGAUUUUUGUAAAGUUUUUGAAACACAAGAAGUAAAAUUUAAAAUUAAAGUGAAUUUCCUUAAAUUCUCCUGAGAUUGUACAAAUACCAGUACAACACUGGUGUAUGCCACGUUUUGGUGAAUUAUACCUUGAAGAGGAAUCCUUGUUUUAAGAAUAUAUUGGUUGGAAAUGAACAUUGCUUGCUUUGCAGGGAAACAGUAUCCUUGUCAUAACGCUAUCUGUCAAAGUCGUUCCAUGCAGUUUUAAAAUGUAUCCUGUUUUCCUUCCAUUCCAACUUUUGGGAUUUUUUUUUAAAUCCUUUCAUUUGGAGGACAUGGUGAUAUACUAGAAAAUUGCUCUUUUAUUUCAUGACAACAUUACAAAUGUUAAAUUCUCUCAAAAGUUAUUUGAAUGCAGUUUUUAAUAUCAAAACAGAAGCUCAGGAUCUAUUUAAACAAUCUUUCAUUUGCAGAGAUUUAAAAUGAUGAAUGAAGUAAUGUCACAAAUUGAUCACAAAACACAAUUCACAAAGUAAAGGGUGGUGAGUUUUCUGCUUGGGGGGUUCACCAGAGCACUGGGGAGGGGUCCUGUCUGAAACAGUUUGUCUUUCUCUCCUGCAGAUAUUUCAAUGUGCAAUAAAAAGAUUCAUUUUGUGCACUACACCAUAAAUUGUUUAUCUACAUUUAUUAAAAUUGGGGCUGAAAUUUGUAUGGGUGAGUUGACUGCACGCAUUGAAAAUGUUGCUGGCAUAUAUUUUCAUUGGGAGGAGUUGCCAAGGAGGAACAGUCCUCAUUUAAAAUUGCACUUUGAUGUAUUGGAGGGAACCUAGCUUUACAAGGUUGAAUUAAUUCCCCAUAUCUCCCAAUCAAUAAAUAAAGUAGAAAUGACCACACGUUGAUCCUUAACAUAACAAAUAUUUGUCUGGCCCAAUCCUCUGAAAAGUACAGCUAUUUAAUUGUUGAUAAAAAGUAUACCUGCAUAUUGCACAUUAUCGCGUUAAGACUGCAGUAGCCAACAUGUCAAUCUUUUUAAUGAAAAAAGCAACAAGAAAUUUUCUUUGAUUUUUAUUUUUGAAUUGGGGGCAGGUUUUCAAAAAUGAAUCCGUUGAAUUUAACUGAGCCAAAGUGAUUAUCAACAUCUGACAUUUAUCUAAGUAGCACUUUGUAUUAUGUAUUCUGAUUAAUGUAAAAUUAAUAUCAUAACUUUUUUUGCCAUUAAACAUAUAAAUAUAA